CUUCUACAGUAUUACAUAUAUCUGCAAAAAUGGUUAAAGCGAGCCCGAUCAAAGAAACUAUUCGGCCAGCAACCGCUGCAAUUUACAGAACAGCAAAUAUUAAUGUUAUUCCGCGAUGCAAUGACGUCGGUGUAAAAAGUUCCAAGAAAAAUUGCGAAAUCAAGAAAAUCAAAGAAAAGCAAGAAUUAAAAACUCUGUACAAAAAGCUUCGAGAAGUGAUCCCAUCUUGCCAACAACGACCCUUGACAGGUCUGGACAUCGUACUAAAAGCAGUCGAUUAUAUAAACGAACUUCACCAGAUGUUGAACGAAACGAUACCUGAUGACAAUAAAGACGACGUGAGAAAACAACUUCUGCAAGCGACCAAUAAGACUCUGGCAAAACCAUCCUUCCGUGACGUCACAAACAUGGAAUGCAAUAAUUCCAAUUCCAGAACGCGAGAGUGAAUCCACACAAGUUAAAAAUGUUUUUAAACAUUUGUGACGAAAUAAUCAUUCCGUUUGGACGGAAGUGGCGAAAUAAGAGAUACCUCAAGCGGAACAAGCAGUGCCUUAUGACGUAACAAUGGUCUUAUGACGUAACAGUGGCCUUGUGACGUAACAAUCGUCAAUAAUUAUGCCUUCCUUUGUAAAUAUGUAUACUGUGUAGAUAAAUCUUGUAAAUAGAAAUUUUAUAUUUUGCCACUAUGAGCUUGACGUUCGCCAAGUUGUGCCUUACCGAAUAAACGAGUUUAUGAACAAA